AUGGCUUCUAGCUUCAUUUUAACCCUCUCCGGCCCUGACCGUCCCGGUAUCGUCCACGCGGUCACUGCAUUCCUCGUGCAGAACAACCUCAACAUUAUCGAUUCGUCGCAAUUCGGUGAUCCUGCCUCGAAGCGCUUUUUUAUGCGCACACAAUUUGCGAUUGCAAGUGGCGAUGAAACUCCCGAACUUGAGAAGCUGCGCACUGCGUUCGAGCCCACUGCUCAGUCAUUCUCCUUGAACUUCGAGAUCAACCCCACUGUGAAAAAGCCCCGCGUGCUGAUCAUGGUCUCCAAGAUUGGCCACUGCCUCAACGACCUGCUAUUUCGCCAAUCCACUGGCCAGUUGAGCAUUGAGGUGCCUUUAAUCGUUUCCAACCACCCGGAUUUCGCUACCCUCGCGGCCACCUAUAAUAUCCCAUUCCACCACCUCCCCGUCACCGCGGAUACCAAGGCGCAGCAGGAAGCCCAGAUUUUGGAAUUGGUGGGCCAACACAACAUUGAUUUGAUUGUGUUGGCUCGGUAUAUGCAGGUGUUGUCCCCAACCCUGUGUUCCGCCAUGUCCGGUCGCAUUAUCAACAUCCACCACAGCUUCCUGCCCUCUUUCAAGGGUGCUAAGCCCUACCACCAGGCCUACGACCGCGGUGUGAAGAUCAUUGGCGCCACUGCCCAUUUCGUCACCAGUGACCUAGAUGAGGGCCCGAUCAUCGAACAGAACGUCGUUCGGGUCAACCACGGCAUGAGCCCCAAGGAGCUGACCCAUGCCGGCAGCAACGUGGAGAGCAAUGUGCUCGCCACUGCUGUCAAGUACGUGACAGAGCGCCGUGUGAUCUUGAACGGCCACAAGACUGUUGUCUUCAACUAA